AUGGGGCAGGAGAAAUUUGUGAUACCGGGCAACAUAACGCUGCUACAGGCGCUCACGUUAUUGCAUUCAAUCGUCAGUGCACAGUUUGAGAAUACUUCUAAGGAUAUGAGAGCGUCUCUUGCAUCUGCCGCCCGGAAAGACGACACGUUGCUUGAAUGCCAGCGUGCAUUAGAGGAGACGCGCGGCUACCUAAUUGACGGCUCCAGCCGCAUCAAAACCCACUACAGGAUUGACCUCGUGGCCGGUAGCUUGCCAGAAGAUGUACAGGGACGUAUAGACGAUCUUCGGAUUUUAGAGCAGGAUAUUAAAACGUCGCAGCAGGCUUUGAAUGAUAUGCUUGGUGAUACGAAGAAGCGGGUUCCGCAGGUGCACCGCCAUGCCUUUUCUAGCAUCUUCCGGAAGACUCGGUUUGGUUCUGAUAGAAGAUUGCAGCGGACCCAAGCCGCAGAGGACGCGGAGGCACACGAAGUUGCUGAGCUCAAGCGGCAGCGAGAGCUACAGGAGGACAGAAAGCGCCAGGAGGAACUCGAACGUGAAAAACGUGCGAAGGAAGAAGAGGAUAAGAGGCUCGAGGAAGCAAUUAAGAAACACCUAGAAAUGGAACUAGCACAGAGGUUUGACCGCCCAAGGUCAGAAGGUACCACGCAGCAUAAUCGAUGUAAUGGCAAGUUUCCGCCGCGUCUGUCAUUGGAUAUGCGAGGCUCGCCGAAGGUCGAGCUACCCGUGAUGAGACGUAGUUUGGACCUAGGAGCAUCUUAUUCUACAAAGUUGGAGGGGUCUAGCAUCAAUAAGGCAGCUUUGUUGGCCUGGUACAAGGAUAAGGAAAAGAACGUUAAGACGGACCCAUCAAAGAAAGAAAACAAAGAAAGACGAGUUCCGCCGCCGCCUGCAAAGUACGAAUACACUAAGCCAGUAAUUCGCAGACCUCAGCUCAAGUUCUCUCAACCGCAGGGGUCUAGAAACAAGGUAAAGGCAAAGGUUCUGGAGACCGUCCCUCCGGAUGGACUUCGAUCACCAUCACCAAAACGUGGAUCUAAUAGCGAUAAGUCACCGGUUAUAGAAAGUUCGCCGAAUCCUACAACUGACUCCAACUCGCCACAGGAGAUAUCUCUAUUAGAAAAGAAUAUCAAGGAUGUCAUGCGUUCACUAAAGGGCGUUGACACGCACUCAUGUGAACAGAUCAUUAACGAAAUUCUUGUGGUUGAUUACGAUGUUCGAUGGGAAGAUAUAGCUGGUCUUACAAUAGCAAAGAAGUGUUUGAAGGAAACAGUUGUUUACCCAUUUUUGCGGCCAGACCUUUUUCGGGGUCUCCGGGAACCUAUCUCCGGGAUGUUGUUAUUUGGACCUCCAGGAACAGGUAAAACGAUGAUUGCCAGGGCCGUUGCGACUGAAUCGAAUUCAACUUUCUUUUGCAUCAGUGCUUCCUCUUUGUUAUCGAAAUACUUGGGUGAGUCGGAAAAACUUGUCAAGGCCUUAUUUUACCUAGCCAAACGGCUUUCCCCCUCAAUUAUAUUCAUUGACGAAAUCGACUCUCUACUAACUAGCCGUUCAGAUAAUGAGAACGAAUCAUCCAGAAGGAUUAAGACGGAGCUCUUGGUCCAAUGGUCCUCCCUAACGAGCGCCACGGCUAAGGAAACAAGAGAAGGCGAAGAGGCCAGACGCGUACUUGUCUUGGCCGCAACCAACUUACCGUGGGCGAUAGAUGAUGCUGCUAUUAGACGUUUUUCACGGCGUCUAUACAUUCCAUUGCCGGAAUACGAAACAAGACUGUAUCAUUUGAAGAAGCUUAUGGCCCUUCAAAAGAAUGAACUUUCUGAAUCUGACUUUCAACUCAUUGCUCGCAUGACUGAGGGCUACUCGGGAUCUGACAUAACUGCUCUUGCCAAAGAAGCAGCUAUGGAACCGAUUCGGGAACUAGGGGAUAAUUUAAUAAACGUGAACUUUGACACGAUAAGGAGCGUUUUACCGGUAGACUUUCAUCGUGCCAUGGUGACUAUUAAAAAAAGCGUAUCGCCGGACUCUUUGAUAAAAUUUGAUAAUUGGGCUACUGAGUAUGGUAGUAUAGGCUCUUAG